AUGGCAUACCCGGAGUCUCAAUCCUCGACGACCAAGCGCGCUGCCGCCGCUCAGCUUCCUUUCACCAAGGAGUCGAACACCUGCGGCUUCAUCGAACUCCCUACUUCCGCGCCCACGAUCUCCCCAAAGGAGCAGGCAUGGACGUGUCCCGGGCCGUGCAUAUCGUCAAACUCAUUUCUAGGCUGUCGCUCGCCUGUACCGACAAAAUGCCUUGGGUCGUCCACGGACUCGAUUGCCGGUGGCUGCAAAGAGGGCGAGCUGUGUUGCAAAUACCGACCUGAUACCGCGUGCUAUACCUGGCUCUCAACUGAUGAUGCAUCAACAUUCACCCUCUACGAGUGCAGUUCAACAAGCGGGAUGGGGAACCUUCUGGCUUCCCCAACGGGCCUGCCCGGCCCUAUCUUAACCACCAUCGUCGAUUCCACGUCCAACAUUCUCACGGGAUCCGAGACACCAUCGUCAGCAACCACGAGUUCACUACCAACAUCGACACAGGGACCGCAGAAAGAAGCCUCAAAGGGCGCCAUAGCAGCCAGCGUCGCAGGCGCCCUCGCGUUCCUCGGCCUUCUCGCCGGCGGGGUCGUGUACUUGUACAUAUGGAACAAAAAGAAGAAGAAACGAGAGGGGUUCACGGGGCUUAAUCGGAGGGGCAGCAUGGCGAUCUCGGGGCCGUACAUGGUUAGCGGGUUGCCGCCCAAGUCCCCGCCGCCGCCUCCUGCCCCACCGCGACCGCCGAUGAGCCCGGGAGUCUAUGAUAUGGAAGUUUUUGAUCAAGGGAGAGGUACUUCGUCGAUGUAUAGUACUGGAAAUUACGUUGAGAGGGGCUCCGAAGGGCUGGUGCCGCCGCCGUUGAAUUCGCCUGGCAGACCGAGCAGGGAUGGGGAGGCUGUUAGUGGCGGGUGGAUUUGA